AUGAAGAAGUACUUGCCUUUACCUACAACCAUUGUAAUUCAUGUCAUUGAGAACUACAAGGAAGAGAUCAAAAACUCUGAAGCAGUGUUUGGUGCCAAAUGGGUUCACAAGAGAUGUGUCACCAAGAAGGACAAAGAGCAAUGUCUGCUUAGAUCUGGAGAAAAACAAGUAAGAGCUGACACUGCGAAAGACGGUAUCAAUGCCAAGACUAGAGACUUGCAAGAAAACCAGAUAUCCUGGGCUUUUGAAGAUUGCUACAGAAAGAGAGGCGCUAGAGUUUCUAUCCAGAGAAAUUUCAGAGAUUAUAUCCAAAAGGACUACCAACAAAACAGUCCUUGGAUGUGGGCAGAAUGGGACCUGAAGAAAAAAGAAGAGGAAGAAGAGAAAUAUAUUAACAAUAAUGUCUUAGUAUUAAUGGUGGCAUUAGAAGCACUAGGAUGCUACAGUGUUGCCUCCUUCACCACAGAAGAGCUUGUUUCCGAUGGUUUUGAGAAUGUGAAAGCAGUGUUCAACGGCUACAUGGAUGAUCCUCACAAGCAAAGAGAUCUUUCAAAUCUAGUCUUAGCCAUCUGA